AUGGAUGGACGCACCUUUGAAUACCAAUACCCUACCGGUCCACAAUAUCGCAUCAGCUUUAGCCAAAAGCUCGUGUACUUUACAGUCCCUGAGCUUCUAGAUGGCACCACAAUCAUUGCAGUCCCCUAUCAGCAACGGGAGCUCCGCCCGAACCUGUUCCUGGUCCACUGGGUGUGCCCCGGACGAACAGGACAUGCUGCUCUCGCUUUUGAUCUGGAGCAGAAGCUGGUGAAUUGUGCGGCGUUGAUGCCAGUUGGCUUGUAUGAAUUGUUCGACUAG